AUUCGCCGUUUGUAGCAGAGGUUUUGUGUUUUUUUUUUUUUCAUUUUUAUAAAAAUGCAUUGCGAUUGAAAUAAUGGUUUGCUGCCGUCCAUUUCACUUUUACUCGGUCUUGAAUCCUUUGAAUUAAUUAAUCAUGUGAAGUUUAACUUUCAAUAACUUGAAGUCAUAAUAUAUUCGGAUGUUAUUAAGUUUUAUCAUCUAUGAUUAAGUCGAAUUGAUGAUGAAAAAAAUUAUAAUGCAAAAUGUUUGUCAUCAACCUGUGCCAUUUAAUAAUAUUUUGCUCUGCCUUUAUCUUUUCUGAUGUCAUUAAGCCAGAUAUUUUUAGUUCAUUAUCAUAUUAUGAAGUUAUACAAAAAUCUGAUAUUCAUCAUAGAUAUCGAAGAGAUUUGAAUGGUCAAAAAUCAAGAUACAUGAGUUUUAAAGUUCAUGGUAAAUACUUUAACAUAUAUUUAUAUCAUUCUCAUAGUAUCUUUUCUCCUGGUUUUGAGGCUGUCUCAGUUGAUGGAACUGGUCAAGAAAAUAAAGUUGAGAUUGAUAAAGAUUCUUAUUAUGAAGGAUAUGAUUUAAAAGAUCAAAGUUCACAUAUUAUUGCUCAUGUAGAAACCAAUAUGAUAACAGCUACUUUGAUAUCUAAUAAUAAUACUUAUAUAAUUGAACCAAUGUGGCGAUAUAAUAGUAGUGAUUUAAAUAAAAUGUUAGUUUAUAAAUUAUCGGAUGUAUAUCUAAACUUUACUCAUAUGCACAUGCCAAAAUUAUUUUGUGGAGUUAAUAAAGUAAAUCCAUAUAAAGGAAAUGUAAAAAUUACACCAGAAAGAAAUAAAAGGGAAACUUCUACAAAAUUAGAUAAAGAAAAAAAUAGAUGUACCUUGGAGCUUGUUGGAGAUUAUUCAUUUUAUGUCAAUAUGGGAAUGUCAAAUGAAGUAAAUGCUGUAAAUUACAUGGUUCAAGUAGUGAAUAGAGUUAAUUUGAUUUAUAAAGAAACAGAAUGGACUGAAAUUGGAAAAAAUAUUGGUUUUCAAAUUAUAAAAGCCACUGUAUUGAAUAGUUACAGUAGUGAUAAUAAGCAUAUAUAUAAUUCUAAGAAAAAAUGGGAUCCUGAUAAUUUGCUUGCAGCAUUUAGUCGCUCUGAUUGGAGCAAAGUAUGUCUAGCUCAUCUUUUUACAUAUCAAGACUUUGAUAAUGGGGUGAUUGGUUUGGCAUAUGUUGCAACACAAGGUACUAAUGAACAUGGUGGUAUUUGCUCAAAUAAUUAUACUGAUGCGACUGGCCUUCGUCAUCUUAAUUGUGCUUUAAGCAGUAGUUUUAACUGGGGAAGAAAAUUACUAACUGUUGAAGCAGAUUUAGUUACUGCUCAUGAGUUGGGCCAUAAUUUUGGUUCAAACCAUGAUGUUUCACCACCAUGUGUUUCAUCCACAUCACGUGGAAAUUACAUAAUGUAUGCUACUGCAGUAUCUGGUGAGCAUGACAACAAUAAGCGUUUUUCUCCAUGUAGCAUUGAUGCUAUAUCAAAGGUUUUAAAAGCAAAAAAAGAUAAAUGCUUUGAAAAGGAAGUUGAUAAGUUUUGUGGAAACAAAGUAGUUGAACAAGAUGAACAGUGUGAUCCUGGUUUAAAUAGAACUGAUAAAUGUUGUCAGGAUAAUUGCAGGUUUAGAGAUUCUUCUUAUCAGUGCAGUGAUUUUAAUGAUCUUUGUUGUAAAAAAUGUAUGUUUGCAAGCAAUGAAACUGUAUGUCGAGCAAAGUUCGAACUAGAUUGUAAAGCAGAAACUAAAUGUAAUGGCAAACAAAAAGACUGCCCAGAAUCCCCUCCACUAUCUGGUAAUGAAUGUGGGCUAUCUCAUGGAAAAUGUAAGGAUGGUGUUUGUAUUUCACUUUGUUGGCUAGAAAAUAAAACUUCUUGUUUGUGUGGUGCUGGAGAAAAUGCAUGCAAUGUUUGUUGCAAUAAUACAGAUAAUGUAUGUAAACCAAUUGAUAAGAAGCUUCUAGAAAAAGAUGGCAGUCCUUGUGCUUUAUUAUCAAAUCAAAUUGGUCAUUGUGUGUCAGGAAAAUGUGAAAAAUAUCAAAUAAAUGUCCAAGAUCAAUUUUCUGAUUUACUAAAAAGCUUUACAUUCAGUAAGUUUGCUAGAUUUAUGAAAGCAAACAUUGUAGGGACAAUAUUAACAUUUUCAUUAAUGGUUUGGAUUCCGCUUGCAUGUAUUGUAAACUAUUUAGAUCACAAACAAAAGAUAGAAGACACAGAAAAAAGGAAUUUAAAUGUAGAGUGGAUGAAUCCUAAGAGUACUGAUUUUAUAAAAAAGUUUAUUAACAAUGAUAAAAAGUUGAAAGUUAAAACAAAAUAUCAUGUACCAACAUAAUUUUUUCUUUAUUGAAACUGUGCUAGAGUAGCAUAGUAAGAAAAAUAAAUAUUUUAAAGCUUAAAUCUAAUUUUGUUUUUUUCUAAAAGACUAUUUUUUCGAUUUAUUAUGUUUGAUAGCUUUAAAAAUGAAAAUCUUUGUGUUAUUUUACAUUUAAUAUGGUUUCCAGUUGCUAAUUUAUACGUAUCCAUAUAAUUUUUAUUAACUUGUGAUAUGGAUGAAAAGUUCAUAUUGUUAUGUGUAUCUCUGUUUUUUGCUAUGAUAUGAAUAUGAGUUUCA